AUGCAGCAGUUACAAGAGGAGGUAGAGGCGCUGAAGAGCGAACUCAGACGCUCAGACGACCUGUUGCUCGCGUCGUUGCGGGUGGACUUGUUCCGUAAGGCUCUCCAGUCUUGGAACCGUCAGAGGUCGUUUGCGCACUCCCGAGCGCUGGCAGGUUCCAAAGGACACGGUCCUUCCGGACACGGUCCCUCUGGACACGGUCCUUCCGGACACGGUCCCUCUGGACACGGUCCCCGUGGGCACGGUCCCUCUGGACACGGUCCCUCUGGACCGGGUCCCUCUGGACCGGGUCCCUCUGGACACGGCCCCUACGGUCGGGCAGUACCUGAUCGGAGGGAGACGUCCCAGACUGGAACGGAGGCGCACGAAGAACCGGUUCAAGAUGGUGUUCAAGGGACAAUAGCCAAGAUGACUGAUCAGACGGUUGAGGAGACGGGCGACAAGGUCGGCGAGAACGUGGGUUCCAAGAUCUCUGAGAACAUGGACCACACGGACAAGAUGGGCGACAAGGUGGGUGAUAAGGCCCGUGCGAAUAAUGAGCUGGAUCGUGUGACCUUUGGCAAGAUCAAGAUGGCAGUGUUGAGAGCCAUGGAUGAGCACGGCGAAGUGAUGGAAAUGCUGGAGGACCCGGGGCUAUGGGAAGGGUUGCGGUUGAACUGGUGGAGUUUGGUGCCGAAGGAUGAGGGAUUCCUGGAGGUUCAACAGGAGUUAUGUGUGCACCGACUGCUACAGGACAUGCGGGGACGUAGAAAAUCGACUGCUAAAGUAAGCAAGUCGGCUAAGGAUACGUCGGCGAAGGAUACGACGUCGAAGGAUACGACGUCGAAGGAUACGACGUCGAAGGAUACGACGUCGAAGGAUACGACGUCGGCGAAGGACACGACGUCGAAGGAUACGACGUCGAAGGACACGGCGGCGAAGAAUACGGCGGUGAAGGACACGGCGAGCAAAGCUGUUGGGGCCAAGACGACUGCCCGUGUUGCCGCUCCGACGGGCAAGUCGGGUGAGUAUAGACCGGGGAGAGAGGUCGUGCCUCAGGACGAGAACGAGGCGCCGUCGCAGGGGGUAACGGGGCCCUCCAAGGGCGCGGACAAUCGCCGAAGGAGCGUGCCGCAGAAGGAGGGAUCGAAUCGAGCUCUGGUCGGUCGACAGUCACGCCGCAAGAGACUGCGUGUCGAGAACAUCAGUGGCACUUACAAGGAAGAGACUGGCGAACUGGCCAAGCCUGAUGGCAAUAACUCCACAAUAGGUACGACCUCAGCCGGUCUGAACUCAACAGGCUUGAGUGUGCCGGCAAGCUCGACAUUAGUGGCAGGGUCGACAUUAGUGGCAGGCUCUGUUCUGACAGAUAUCGGUAGUAGUCGGGAGGUAACUGGAGACAGCGGAAUGGGCAAGAAGAAGUCCUCCAAGAAGCGGGCUACAAGACGUACGAAGAAGCCAGUCAUUUUGACGGCCCCUGCGGAGGUUACCCAUCUGGACCCGUCGAACGUAGCGGAGAAGAGAAAUGAGGAGAGAGCGGUGGAGGCAUCAAGCGUAGAGGCGGAGUCGGAGGAAAUGGCCGGGGAGGCAACGGGAGUUGUCGUCACGGCGGAAGAGAGAAGCGUCCAGGGGGUCGGAGUCGCGGAUCUGGACUCAUCUCCAAAGCCGGUGGCAACCUCUCUUCAGAACGCGCUUCAAGACGUAGACGAAACUUUGCUCUCGCAACCGGGCGACUCGACCAAAGUAAAGUCGCUGUCGGGGGAGUCGCCACGGGGGCGCUCACCAAAAGAGGACUCACCGAAAGGCCAGUCUCGUCUUAACGCCCCCCCUCGACCAGGAUCGGAAGCUUUGAGUAAUCAGAGCCCCAAGAAGACUAAAAGACGUAAGCCUAAGGACGAGUCCAAGGACGAACUCAAGGAGGAGGAACAGAGGGAGGAGCAGCAAGAAGGGACCAAGGACAAUGGCGAGUCAAAUCACGAGCCGAAUGGCGAAUCAAAUCACGAGCCGAAUGAUGAACCUCCGCAGGAGGGGUCCGACUCUGCUCGUAAGUCAGACUCUGCUCGUAAGUCCGACUCUGCUCGUAAGUCCAAGACGGGGUCGAAAGUUUCAGAAGUGGUUAUUAGUUCGAGACCUUCGGAGUUGACACCCGCGAAUCCCAGACUCGCUGGCCCAGCACCUGUCGAGCCAGCACGUGUUGAGACUGCACCUGUUGAUACAGCACCUGUUGAUGCAGCACCUUCUAAGCCGGCACCCGUUAAAUCAGCGUCUGUUGAGCCGGCACCCGUUGAGCCGGCACCCGUUGAGCCGGCACCCGUUGAGCCGGCACCCGUUGAGCCGGCACCCGUUGAGCCGGCACCCGCUGAGCCAACAGUUAUGGAGCCAACACAUGUGGAGCCGGCACCGGUUGAGCAAAGUGUGCCCGGGGAUUCCGUUCAUACUCCCCCUCGUCCAAACAGUAGGGGCUCUUCAGGUAGUGGAGAUGGUGGUUUGGAUGAUGCUCACGGAGAUCAGCGAGAAGUAAAGUCAUCGCCGGACGGCGAGCCUAGAAACUGA